AUGGCCCAAGUCCUGCACGUGCCAGCCCCCUUCCCAGGGACCCCCGGCCCAGCCUCCCCACCCGCCUUCCCAGCCAAGGAGCCCGACCCGCCCUACUCCGUGGAGACUCCCUACGGCUACCGCCUCGACCUGGACUUCCUCAAAUACGUGGAUGACAUCGAGAAGGGCCACACGCUGCGACGUGUGGCCGUGCAGCGCCGCCCACGUCUGGGCUCGCUUCCCCGCGGCCCUGGCCCCUGGUGGACAUCCACCGAGUCGCUGUGCUCCAACGCCAGCGGGGACAGCCGCCACUCAGCCUACUCCUACUGUGGCCGUGGCUUCUACCCGCAGUACGGUGCCCUGGAGGCCCGCGGGGGCUUCAACCCGCGCGUCGAACGCACGUUGCUCGAUGCCCGGCGCCGCCUCGAGGACCAGGCGGCCGCGCCCACUGGCCUGGGCUCCCUGACUCCCAGCGCGGCUGGCUCCACCAACUCCUUGGUGGGUGUGGGGCUGCCACCCCCAACCCCACGCAGCUCAGGACUGUCCACGCCGGUGCCACCCAGCGCCGGGCACCUGGCCCAUGUGCGGGAGCAGAUGGCAGGUGCCCUGCGCAAGCUGCGGCAGCUGGAGGAGCAGGUAAAGCUGAUCCCCGUGCUCCAGGUAAAGCUGUCAGUGCUGCAGGAGGAAAAGCGACAGCUCACGGUGCAGCUCAAAAGCCAGAAGUUCCUGGGCCACCCUGCAGGGGCCCGGGGCCGCAGCGAGCUCUGCCUGGACCUCCCUGACCCCCCUGAGGACCCGGUGGCACUGGAGACCCGAAGCGUGGGCACCUGGGUCCGAGAGCGGGACUUGGGCAUGCCUGAUGGGGAAGCAGCCCUUGCCGCCAAGAUCGCUGUGCUGGAGACCCAGCUCAAAAAAGCACUACAGGAGCUGCAGGCAGCUCAGGCCCGGCAGGUUGACCCCCAGCCACAGGCCUAGCCACCGCCAGACAGCCCGGUCCGCGUGGACACUGUCCGGGUAGUGGAGGGGCCACGGGAGGUGGAGGUGGCAGCCAGCACAGCUGCUGGGGCCCCGGCACAGCGUGCCCAGAGUCUGGAGCCCUAUGGAGCAGGGCUGAGGGCCCUGGCGACAUCCGGCAGGGCAGAGAGCCCCGCUGUGUUCCGCAGCCAUGAGGUGGUGGAGACAAUGUGCCCUGUGCCCACGGCGACCACCGGUAACGUCCACGUGGUGAAGAAGAUCAGCAUCACAGACCGAAGCUGCGAUGCGCUGGCAGCAGGUCCCCCACAGGCCCUUGCAGAGUCGUCCUCAUCACCCACAGGGUCCACAGCGGCCUCGCUGGUGCAGCCUGAGAAGAACGCAGGCCAGGUGCCCGCCCACGAUGCCACCAACAGAGGGUCCACCAGGCAAGCAACCUCGCACAAAUCAGAGGAGGCUGGGGGUGCAGGUGGUCCCCAGGCAGGCGUGCGGUCCAUCAUGAAGCGGAAAGAGGAGCCCACAGACCCGGCGGCCCACCGGAGAAGCCUCCAGUUCGUGGGGGUCAAUGGCGGGUAUGAGUCCUCUGAAGACUCGAGCACGGCAGAGAACUUCUCAGACAACGACAGCACAGAGAACGAGGCCCCAGAGACGGAGGAGAGGGUUCCGAGUGUGGCCAAAGCCCCCCAGCUCAGGCCCACAGGGCCAGCCAUGGCCAAGACCAGCCAGCAGGAAUGCCAGCUGUCUAGGGAGUCUCAGCACAUGCCCACGGCUGAGGGGGCAUCAGGAUCAAACACGGAGGAGGAGAUCCGGAUGGAGCUGAGCCCCGACCUCAUCUCAGCCUGCUUGGCCCUGGAAAAGUACCUGGACAACCCCAACGCCCUCACCGAGCGGGAGCUGAAAGUGGCCUACACCACAGUGCUGCAGGAGUGGCUGCGCCUGGCCUGCCGCAGCGAUGCACACCCCGAGCUUGUGCGGCGCCACCUGGUCACGUUCCGGGCCAUGUCCGCGCGGCUGCUGGAAUAUGUGGUCAACAUCGCCGACAGCAAUGGCAACACGGCACUGCACUACUCUGUGUCUCACGCCAAUUUCCCUGUGGUGCGGCAGCUGCUCGACAGCGGCGUCUGCCAGGUGGACAAGCAGAACCGCGCUGGCUACAGCCCCAUUAUGCUCACGGCUCUGGCCACCCUGAAGACUCAGGAUGACAUCGAGACUGUUCUACAGCUCUUCCGGCUCGGAGACGUCAAUGCCAAAGCCAGCCAGGCAGGGCAGACAGCCCUGAUGCUGGCGGUCAGCCAUGGGCGGGUGGACGUGGUCAAAGCCCUGCUGGCCUGCGAGGCGGAUGUCAACGUGCAAGAUGAUGACGGUUCCACAGCGCUCAUGUGCGCCUGCGAGCACGGCCACAAGGAGAUCGCUGGGCUGCUGCUGGCCAUGCCCAGCUGCGACAUCUCGCUCACUGACCGCGACGGGAGCACGGCACUGAUGGUGGCCUUGGAUGCAGGGCAGAGUGAGAUCGCGUCCAUGCUGUACUCCCGCAUGAACAUCAAGUGCUCGUUUGCCCCGAUGUCAGAUGACGAGAGUCCUGCGUCGUCCUCUGCAGAAGAGUAGUCGUGAAGGGAGGCCAGAGGCGCCUCCCCGCGGGGGCCUGCCAGCCUCAGAGCGAACCGUCCCUUGUCCCCUCCCUGGCCUCUCUCCUCUCUGGCCACCCCCCAUCUCAGUCUCCAAACCCCAAGUCUCAAAGACAAGUGGGUUUUCCUUCUGCUUCCCCGGGGGAGCCCCGACAGCGACAGGACUCCAGCUGGAGGUGGCUUUUCCCGGCGCCCCAGUUCAAAGCAGCCGCAGCGCAGACCAAAGCGAAAUUCUUGUAUAAAUUGGCGCCAGUGGCUGAUGCUGGGCUGUGGGUUUUAUGAAAAACAUUGAGAACAAUCAGCCGGCAAUUAUGGAUGAGAAAGGCGAGGGGAAAAAAUACUGUAUUCUUGAAACAUUGUUGCAGGAGGGGGAGUCAUAUUAUUUGUUGCUACAUUUGAAAGUCACUGGAACCGUAUACCGUCUUUGCAUUGUAAUCCUGAAUCUUAUUACCCACGGGUCAUGUCUCAAGCGUUGCCCCCCACCCUUUCAGCCCCCACAUUUAAUUGUCCGGUAUAUAAUAGUGUUUUGUUCACUCCACCCCAGACGGCUCUCGGGGGAAUUUUCUGGUUGCCUCACAAAACUGAUCUGUCCCUGUCACCAGGAGCAGAAGCUUAGUCCUUUCUUCUGCCUUCUCGCUGCCAGUGCCAGUGUCGCCCCCAUUCAAGUGGGGGUC